AUGGCCACCAACGGCGAGUCUCAAGAGACUCAGCCACAGAACAGUGAGAAGAUAGUUGAGCAAAACGACGUCGAAGGUCACGACUCUGGCGAGCCAGCGCCUAAGAGGGUCAAGAUCGAGGAAGACAAACCUCGCAACGAGAAUGGCUCCACAGAAGUGCAACAUAGAAAGACCGGCACUGCGCCUAAGAAUAGAUAUCUGAUAUCCCCGCCGGCUCGUGGUGAUGGCGACGAUCAGGAUGUUGUGGAUGAUGACGCUGCCGAGGCCAAAACAGCCCCUGACCGCAAAGAUGGCAAGCGAGACGGCAAAAAGGGCAAGAAGGAGAAGAAGCGCGGCCAAAACACCGAGCGCGACUUCGGACGCUCUGAUGAUGCCAUCAAACUCUGUAACUCCAGAGCUUUCACCCCGGAAUUCUCCCCGGCAGACUGCAGAUUCGGGGACCGCUGCAAUCACUGUCAUGAUCUCCGAAAGUACUUAAAGGAAGGAAGGCGAGACGACCUCAUGACAUGGGAAGGUGUAUGCCCGGCUUUUGAGAGCUACGGUAAAUGUUCCUCCGGCUGGAGAUGCAGGUUCCUCUCGAGUCACAUGAAGGAGAUCGAGCAUGAGGAUGGUCGGAAGGAGUUGAUCCUGGUUGAGGAGCCUAAAUUCGAGAUACCUAAGGAACUUGAGAAUCCCGACGACUGGACACCGGGCGUUGUGAACAUUGUUUCGGGGGAUAAGAAGUUCAAUCUCUCCAGGAAGCGGGUUGAUCUGUCGAGAUCAGACCAGUAUAUCAAGUGGAUCGAACAGGAGGCUGAGUCGUCAAGAAAAUAUUACCAUCGAAAUCGAAAAGUUGACAACAUACCGGAUGGGGUUGAUGCGCUGCAGGAAUUCCGUGCGCAGUUUGUCGAGCCUCCUUUCAAGCCUUCGGAAAAACGACGAAUUUACUUCGGCCCAGAGACCCCAGUGCUCGCCCCGCUUACAACUCAGGGGAACCUCCCGUUCAGACGUCUAUGCGGAGAAUUAGGUGCACAAGUCACGUACUCGGAGAUGGCUGUCAGUCUGCAACUUAUUCAGGGGCACAAACCUGAAUGGGCGCUACUGAAAGCACAUGAGAGCGAGCUUGUUUCCCCACGAUAUGAGCCAAAAGGCGGCCCGGUUCCGGGUUAUGACAACUCGCGAGACCUUAAGUUCGGCGCACAAAUUGCAGCUAACGCACCGUGGGUUGCCAUCAAAGCUACUGAGGUUCUCACAAGCUACUGUCCGCACCUACGUCUCAUCGAUCUGAACUGCGGCUGUCCGAUCGAGAUGGUCUUCAAGCAAGGUGCUGGCUCCGCACUCCUGGACUCGCCUGCCAAGAUGGAGAAGAUCAUCAGAGGAAUGAACGCCGUCUCAGGGGAAGUCCCAAUCACCACAAAGCUGAGGCUGGGAGUCAGGGAUGGGAAGGCGAAUGCUCAAAAAACCAUUGAACGACUGGCAUUCGGCAACUACGAGACACGGCCGCUAAUUGGUGCCCCUGGCUGUGCUGCUGUGACUCUACACGGCAGAACGAGACAGCAGAGAUAUCAGAAGAAGGCAGAUUGGUCCUACAUUGCCGAAUGUGCCACCAUGAUCAAGUCAUUCAGCGAAAGGAAGGAUGAGCUUACAGAUACGAUCCGAGAGCCCGACGAGAGCACGCUGGCCAACGCACCCGGUGGAAAGAUGUACUUCCUCGGCAACGGUGACUGCUUCUCGCAUACUGAAUACUUCGAUCAUAUCAACAAUGCCAAGGUGGAUUCCGUGAUGAUUGCUCGAGGCGCCUGCGUUAAACCUUGGAUUUUCGAGGAAAUUGAGAAGGGCCAGUAUCUGGACAAAUCGGCGUCAGAAAGACUCGGGUAUAUCGAGAAGUUCUGCCGUUACGGUUUGGAAGCCUGGGGCUCAGACGAGAUGGGCCUGGGGUUCACCCGCAAGUUCUUGCUGGAAUACCUCAGUUUCGCCUACCGCUAUGUGCCGGUUGGUCUCCUGGAAUACCUCCCACCUAGUCUCAAUGACCGGGCGCCGGCCUACCGGGGCCGAAACGACUUGGAGACGCUUCUUGCCAGUCCUAACUACAAGGAUUGGAUCAAGAUUAGCGAAAUGUUCCUUGGCCCUGCGGCCGAUGGCUUCAAGUUCCAGCCUAAACACAAGGCCAACAGUUAUGAGAUCGAGGCAGAAGGAUAG